GGCGUGAGUCACGGCGGCGCUCGCCUUUAUAACGGCCUGGAGGCUCGCCGGAGCCGCCGCGCCUGUCCGCGCCUGCCCGUCCGCCGUGCUCCACCCAGCGCGCCCCGGCCCCCGCGCCCCUAACCGUCUCCGGCGGCCGUCCAGUCCCGAGGGCACUAUGAGGAGCCCACGCUGCGCCCCACUCCUGCUCCUGCUGCUGCUGCCACCGCUGUUGCUCACCCCCCGCGCUGGAGACGCCGCCGUGAUCACCGGGGCUUGUGACAAGGACUCCCAGUGUGGUGGAGGCAUGUGCUGUGCUGUCAGUAUCUGGGUUAAGAGCAUAAGGAUUUGCACACCUAUGGGCAAACUGGGAGACAGCUGCCAUCCACUGACUCGUAAAAACAAUUUUGAAAAUGGAAGGCAGGACAGAAGAAAGAGGAAGAGAAGAAAAAGGAAAAAGGAGGUUCCGUUUUUGGGGCGGAGGAUGCAUCACACUUGCCCAUGUCUGCCAGGCUUGGCAUGUUUACGGACUUCAUUUAACCGAUUCAUUUGUUUAGCCCGAAAGUAAUCACUCUAGAGUAGAAACCAAAUGUGAACAGUCACAUCUUAUCUGUAAAGUCUUAUUUGUGAUUGUGCCAAACAAAGAAUGUGCCAGAAAGAAAUGCUCUUGCUUCCUCAACUUUCCAAGUCACAUUUUUAUCUUUGAUUUUUACAUGAUUUCUUUUAAUCCAAAGAGAAUUUUAAUUUUGGAUAGAAAUUUAAAGUGUAAGGCAUUAUGGAACUGGUUCUCAUUUCCCUGUUUGUGUUUCGGUUGGCUUUGACUUUUUUUUUUUUUUUAUGUCAAAAAUGUACUUAUUUUCACAAAAAUGAGGAAAAUAAGAAUUUGAUUAUUUUGUUAAAGAAACUUCGUUUUCUCACCACUCCAAGCCCCAUUUGUGCCCCACCACACAUAUACAACCUUUGGUCUCUUGCCUUUUCCACCUCAAAGAACUUCAAGGUCCUUGCUUUAUUUUUCUCCAUUUCUCUUCCCUCCUCUUGCAUUUUAAAGUGGAGGGUUUAUCUCCUCGAGUUUGAUGGCAGAAAACUGAUGGGAAUCCAGCUUUUUGCCUGCUAUUUAAAUAGUUAAAAGAGUGUAUAUUUGAACUAGACGCUCCAAACUCCUCUCAUGCAGCAGAGGCUGGGAGUGCUGCCGGAACCUUGCUAAACCUGUCACACCAAGAGGACUUCACCUCAGUUUCUGGGCUAGUGUGUGGACAGAAGGAAUGGAAAGCCAAAUUAAUUUAGUCCAGAUUUCUAGAUUUGGGUUUUUCUAAAAAUAAAAGAUUAACUUCUUUUUCUUUUCAUAAAGUUUUUUUUUUUUUUUUUUUUUUUGGUCUCCUACUUAAGAGAUAUUCUAGAAAAUGUCACUUGAAGAGGAAGUAUUUAUUUUAAUCUGGCAUAACACUAAUUACCAUUUUUAAAUUGGUAUUAAGUUGUAAUUUAAACCUUGUUUGUAACUGAGAGGUCAAUUGUAAUGGAUUGCCGUUUGUACUUGUAUCAAUAUUGCUGUGUAAAAAUUCUGUAUCAGAAUAAUGACAGUACUGUAUAUCAUUUGAUUUAUUUUAAUAUUAUAUCCUUAUUUUUGUCA